CUGGGAGUCCGUGUACUCGCUUUAAGAUAAGCUAUCUACCACGGUAACACCUGUUGUACGGAAGAAGAUAUUGGAGUCGUCGGGGAAAGCUGGCGGCUUUUUACGGUACUCAAUUCCUUCCGGAUGACAUGGAGGUAUCGGCGGAGGGAGAGGCGGAAGAGCGCCGAAAGGAGCAAUGGAAGCUACUGUCCAGCCUGAAGACCACGGUGGAAGGUCUUGUGUCCACCAACAAUCCCAACGUGUGGUCACGUUAUGGUGGCUUGCAACGGCUUCACAAGCACAUGAACAACAUCCUGAGCCAUGGGCUGAAGAAUGAGCAGGUGUACUACAAGCAGAGAGACUACUGGCCGUUUGUGUGGUGUGUUCGCUACAUCAGCCCUCACCUCGCCUCGCAUGUUGAACAGUUCAGUCAUCUGGAGCCGGUACUGAGCAGCGGGAUGCAGAGGGCUGGUGAGAGCUACAAGGCUGAGCGCUGGCUCCUUCACAGCUUACAGAUUCACUUGCUGUCGGCUCAGCUACGACCUCUGCUCCGGCAUCUGGGGCAUACACGAAAAUACUAUAAUGAUGAUGCCUUUCUUCUGAGCGAUCCCCAUGUGACCGCCAUGUUCCAGUGUCUGGAAGCUGUGGAGCAGAAUAACCCCAAACUGCUGGCCCAAGUAGACACUUUCGGGCUCUCCCCUCUGAAGGGCCCACCAUGUAUGGGCCUUUUGAAGAGCCAGAGCCUGUGUCUGUUGCCCGGGGCUGGAGGUGUUUGGAGGAACGCUUACUCUGCUCCCAGAGGAGAAUCUCUAAAUCGCAGACUUACCACCUCCAACUGCUCCCUCAGAGAAGCUGUCGGCACCAGCCACAACUCUGGGGACACUACGGGAGACGGAUCCCAAAACAGCAACAGCACAAACACUACCUCUCCAGCCAGCAGCCUGGGAGCUCCCUGGGUUUGUGUGUCUAGGCGGGGGGAGAGUGAGCGGGGCGUGACACCCCCUCCUGGCUCCACCUCGGUCCCAUGUAUCUCGCUCACAGAGUCCCCCACGUCCACCCCCCUGCAGCCUGAGGCCGAGGGCGACUAUGACGACGGUCCGGAGUACCUGGCUAUUGGUAACCUGGGGCAAUGCAGCCGCUGUGACUCCCAAAGCUCCACCCACAGCAGUGAGCAGUGCAUCUCCCAGGACCAGUCCCUGCAACGGAGUUCCAUAGCUUUGACCCCACCCAGAAGCUCAUCUUUCUCAGAGGGCCAGAGGGAGCUGGGCCGGGGGCCCAGAGGACACACUCGCUCGUUUUCUGACGCGGGGGUCAAUCAGAAACUCAGGAACGGAGGGGGCCACCGAAAAAUCACCAUAAUAAUAGAAGAUCCGGUAGCAGAAUCAGUAGGGGACGAUUGCUGCAUCAAGAACUACAACCCGUUCUCACCUCAGUGUAAAGAUGCCAGCUCUCCCAGUGCCCUGUACAUGGAGUCUCAUGGACCCCAGUACAACAGUGUUCCCGAUGGGAUGUUCAGGAAGCCGUCAGAGGGCCAGAGCCUCAUCAGCUACCUGUCAGAGCAGGACUUUGGCAGCUGUGCUGACCUUGAGAAGGAAAAUGCUCAUUUUAGCAUUUCAGAGUCCCUUAUAGCUGCCAUCGAGCUGAUGAAGUACAACAUGCGGCGUCAGGAGGAGGGCGAGGAGGAGGUAGACAGCGACUGUGAGAUUCAGCAGCUCAAACAGAAGAUCCGCCUGCGCAGGCAGCAGAUCCGACGCAGCCGCCUGCCGCCAUGCGCAGACCCCCAGCACAUUUUGCACUCCACUGACAGCGGAGGCUCCAGGAGGAGCUCUCAGGACUCCUGCCAGGGCCUGUCUGACUCCGGCUCGGCUGAGGAGGUGGAGGAGUGCGAACUACGAGAUGGCUGUGAGGGUCAGUCCCUGCUGGCGGUGUCUCAGAACGGCCUCUCCCCGUCACUCGCCUCCCUCUCCUCAGAUGCAGACAUUAAGCGCAGUGUAAGCUCCAGCGGCAGGUCUCUUCUCAGCUCAGAGUCAAUCUCUCCGUCCUUCCUCCACUCUAACUCUGCUGAGUCGGUAGCCAUGGGUUUACUCAGGCAAUUUGAGGGCAUGCAGCUUCCUGCAGCCUCCGAGCUCGACUGGCUGGUCCCAGAACACGACGCUCCACAGAAGCUGCUGCCCAUCCCUGACUCUCUGCCGAUCUCGCCUGAUGAUGGUGAACACGCAGACAUAUACAAGCUGAGGAUUCGGGUUCGAGGUAACCUGGAGUGGGCGCCGCCCCGACCGCAGAUCAUCUUCAACAUCCAUUCCACCCCAAAGAGGAAGAUGGAUGUGGCUAAACAGAACUACCGCUGCGCCGGCUGUGGUACCCGCAUCGACCCAGAUUAUAUCAAGCGACUGCGGUACUGUGAAUACCUCGGCCGUUACUUCUGCCAGUGCUGCCAUGAGAACGCCCAGGCGGUGGUACCCGGCCGAGUGCUGAGGAAGUGGGACUUCAGCAAGUACUAUGUCAGCAACUUUGCCCGUGACCUGCUGAGCAAGAUCGCUGGAGACCCGCUAUUCAACCCCAAUGACAUCAACAGUGGCCUGUACAAGAAGGUCAAAGCUCUGGAGGCGGUCAGGGUUUUGAGAGUGCAGCUGUUUCACAUGAAAAAUCUCUUCAAGACCUGUCGCUUUGCAAAAGAGGUGCUGGACCAGUUCGACAGCCUCCCAGGUCACCUGACCGAGGACCUUCAUCUCUUCUCCCUCAGUGACCUCACUGCUGUGCGUAACGGGGAACUGGCCCCCCGGAUGAAAGAACUGCUAAAACUGGGCACACUGCACGUAGCUGGCUGUGUGCUGUGUCAGGCCAAGGGCUUCGUGUGCGAGUUCUGCAGCAACGACAAAGACAUCAUCUUCCCCUUCCAGUUGAACAAGUGCCAGCGCUGCGAAGAGUGCCAUGCCUGUUACCAUCGCAACUGUUUCCGGACGGGCAAAGACUGUCCUCGAUGUCAGCGGCUGGCAGAGCGGCGAGAGAGGAUGGCGCGCAAAAACAUGGAGGAACAAGAGGACGAGGGCGGUGGGCCCUAGUGCCCGUAACAGAAAGACACUCUGGGACAAAGGAAGAGCACAAUGCGACCAUGAUUGUAGCGACUGACCGCCUCGCGUUCUGCUCCAGUCCUCUUCCACCUGGGUGACGAGACGGCAAACUAAUGUUCAAUAUCAACAGAUUUCCAGAUGUGCAGAUUUUCUGGCAACAGUGCAUCAGUUGUGUGAAAAGGACCUGAGACUCACUAAACGUUUUGGCACUUUUUUCCAUUGUGGUAAACCCAAUUUAUUUGGGAUUUAACGAGAUCAGAAAACUAUUGUACCCAGGUUUGAUAUUCUUGUUUCUUUCAAUUGCAGCUUUUUUGCAACGGCUUCAGUUGUGGUAAAUAUAUUGGCUACUGGCUUAGCUGACGUUUGUUUUUGUGACUUAAAAUGGCAGGAUCUAUUUAAAAACAAAGCAAGUAAACAAUGUCAUUCUCUUGAAUGUUUUGAUGGAUGUUUCAGCACAGAUACUGUAUUCGAUCAAUCCUGCCCCUUUUUUAUAUUGAGAUUUCUAUUUUAGUUUGUACAUAUUGAAGGUGUUUGACGAAUCCUUUCUCUCCCACGCUCCUACUGUCCCUUUUUAAGCUCUUAAACCACACUUAUGUGCCUCUGGGACCAAUGAACUAAGACUGGAUGAGCACGUGGAGUUACUUCAGAAAGUUGAGUUUAUAUAAGCACUUGAAUUAAGAGUUUCAGUUAGUGAUGCAAAUAUAUGAAACUGCAAAUGCUCCAUUUUUGUGCUGCUGCUGCGAGUGAGUGAGGGAGGUUAUUAGAAAAACGUGUGUGUCUGCUGUAUAUGCAAUCAUGUACAAAAGGUUUGUACCUGCCUAAUCAGCACUUGUUUCUAAUGUUGCAGGUUUUGGAAUAAUAGAGUUGAGUUAAUUGCACUGAGCUGUCUGUUGUUGUUGUAAGGGUUGGUACAUCACUCUUUAGGUGAUGUUCGUUUUAAGAAUAUGAACCUUGAAUGCACUACAUUAAGAAGGGGUUCAGUCCAAAUUAGAGAGCCACAAUUUAAGUCAGUCAUACUCUUAACGUGCAGCAACAUAAUUAUCAAAAUGUAUUAAUGGACUGACAUUCUUCAUACUUAAAAUAUGUCAAGCAAAUAAGUAGCUGGGGCCAGCAGCUGGUUAGCUCACCUAAAACACUGAGGGAUCCACCUGGUUUCUAAAAACACAUGCAAUGCUAAAGCUCAAUAACUGACACAGCAGUUGAACCAAACGGCAUGUUUUCUUUCGCAGAUUGUUUUAUUUGAGUCUUAUCUAGAGGCGAGGGAGAGAAGUAUUCUAGUAUUUCACAGGUAAGAAAUUGUGGAAGUGUGAAAAAAGUAACAUUUUACUGAACAAUGUGUCCUGCACUUAUACUCAUCCAGAACCCACGGAUACAUUUGGGACCCCUUGAUUUUACUACAAGGUUAUGUGAAGCAACAUGUUAAUGGGUCUCCAGUCCAUAUAUACCGUCCUCAUCAGGCUUUAUGUCCUCACGAGGUCAACGCACUCAUGAGAACCCACUUAAAGCAAAACAUGUGAUAUGCACGUCCAUAAGCCCCACAGAUGAGUAUUAGGGAUACGCUGCGCCCACGUCUCAGGCCAUUUAGAAGGAAACACUGACCUCUUCAAUGAAGUGGCCCCUCGACUCAGCAGAUGGUUUGUCCUUGAGCUGUCUUUAACGAGGGGUUUAAAGUGCGCUCCGGAUUAUCCAAAAAUGUAAUUAUGAUUUAUGUUCAUUUGUCUUUGUUCUGUAAUUGACAAUAAAAGACUGGCCAGACUGUU